GCGACAGCAGGGUGAAGAGACUGUGGACACGCUCUCGCCCUCUUUCACCAACACCAGAAACACCAUUUCACACUCUUUUCCCUCAUUCUCUUUUUCUCUUUCUCUCUGUCUGACCCGCCCCUUUUCCUUCCUUUUUCUCACUGUCUCUCUCUUUUCUCUCUCCUCCGAUUUGUGUGUGUGUCUCUGUCUGUCUCUUUCAGGAGAGUGUCUCCCGACAGGCAGCAGCAGGAAUACACCGCUUCAGUCUGUCCCUCUCUAUCUUUUCUUGCCUCCUUCCUCAUACACAUCAACAUCCUCCUCCUCCUCAUCUUCCCCCAUCCGCCUCUCUUCCACUCGCCUGCUGCCUCCACACCCUGCCUCUGAGCGCGCCGGAGAGAGUCGCCAAGUGCGCACGGCAAAGGCAGCAAGUGGGAGUGGACCUCAGCGAGCGUGCUUACAAGUGUGUUUCGAAGAAGAGAGGAGGAGGAGGAGGAGGAGGAGGAAGGAGAGGGCAUCAGCACACUGCUCCUGGUCGCACACUCCCACUCGGAAUGGAACAAUCCUUCCCUCACUGUUUCCAGAUGGACAUUGCUGUGACAGGGUUCCUCCAGUGAAGACAGCAGCUGCUGCCGCUCCACAAGCUCCCUCAUGCUGGAUUAAAGGAAGUGAGGAGAGGAGAGGCACAGGGGGAGAUCUCUGAACAUGAGUGAGGAGGCUAAGGAGAAGGCAGGCGGCGGGAAAGCAGCCCAUCGCAAGAAGAAAAGCAAAAAGUCUGACAGCAAUGCCAGUUACCUGCGAGCUGCCCGGGCUGGGAACCUUGAGAAGGUCCUCGACUACCUCAAGUCCGGGGUUGAAAUAAACAUUUGCAAUCAGAAUGGUCUGAACGCACUUCAUCUGGCCUCCAAGGAGGGGCAUGUGGAGGUUGUCGCUGAGCUGCUGAAACUCGGAGCCACCGUGGAUUCAGCGACAAAGAAAGGAAACACUGCUCUGCACAUCGCCUCUCUGGCAGGCCAGACGGAUGUCGUCAAAGAGCUGGUCACUAAUGGAGCCAAUGUCAACGCACAAUCUCAGAAUGGCUUCACUCCUCUGUACAUGGCAGCCCAGGAGAAUCACCUGGAGGUGGUGCGGUUCCUUCUGGAGCACAGCGCCAGCCAGAGUAUGGCCACUGAGGACGGCUUCACCCCACUGGCGGUGGCCCUCCAGCAGGGCCAUGACCAGGUGGUCUCCCUGCUGCUGGAGAACGAUACAAAGGGCAAGGUGCGCCUUCCUGCCCUGCACAUCGCCGCCCGCAAGGAUGACACCAAGGCCGCGGCCCUGCUCCUGCAGAACGACCACAACGCAGAUGUUGAGUCUAAGAUGAUGGUGAAUAGAACAACAGAGAGCGGCUUCACCCCCCUCCACAUCGCGGCUCACUAUGGCAACAUUAACGUGGCCACGCUGCUGCUGAACCGGGGAGCUGCUGUGGACUUCAUGGCUCGGAACGACAUCACACCACUUCAUGUGGCGUCAAAAAGAGGCAACAGCAACAUGGUCAAGCUGCUCCUGGACAGAGGGUCCAAAAUAGAUGCCAGGACCAAGGACGGUCUGACGCCUCUGCACUGUGGGGCGAGGAGCGGACACGAGCAGGUGGUAGAAAUUCUACUCGACCGAGGAGCACCUUUCCUAUCCAAGACCAAGAACGGCCUGUCGCCGCUGCACAUGGCCACUCAGGGGGACCACCUGAACUGCGUCCAGCUUCUGCUCCAGCAUGACGUGCCGGUGGACGACGUCACCAACGACUACCUGACGGCGCUCCACGUUGCUGCCCACUGUGGCCACUACAAGGUGGCGAAGCUCAUCGUGGACAAGAAGGCCAACCCCAAUGCCAAGGCCCUGAAUGGUUUCACUCCACUUCACAUCGCCUGCAAGAAGAACAGAGUCAAAGUGAUGGAGUUGUUGCUUAAACACGGAGCAUCUAUCCAGGCUGUCACCGAGUCUGGCCUGACACCCAUCCAUGUGGCAGCCUUCAUGGGCCAUGAGAACAUUGUCCAUGCACUGACACAGCACGGAGCAUCACCCAACACCACCAACGUACGUGGCGAGACAGCUCUCCACAUGGCAGCCAGGGCAGGGCAGGCAGACGUCGUCCAAUACCUGCUGAAGAAGGGAGCCAAGGUGGAGACCAAGUCCAAGGACGACCAGACAGCGUUGCACAUGUCCAGUCGACUGGGGAAAGUCGACAUUGUCCAACAGCUGCUGCAGUGCGGCGCCUCUGCCAACGCUGCCACCACAUCAGGCUACACGCCCCUCCACCUGGCUGCCCGCGAGGGACACCAAGACGUCGCCGCCAUGCUGCUGGAGCAUGGGGCCUCCCUCUCCUCCUCAACUAAGAAAGGCUUCAGUCCCCUGCAUGUGGCAGCAAAGUACGGCAAGAUGGAGGUGGCCAGUCUCCUCCUGCAGAAGGGAGCUGCGCCCGAUGCUGCCGGAAAGAGCGGACUAACUCCUCUGCAUGUGGCCGCUCACUACGAUAACCAGAGAGUGGCACUGCUGCUGCUGGAUCAGGGAGCUUCCCCACACGCCGCCGCAAAGAAUGGCUACAGCCCCCUGCACAUUGCUGCCAAAAAGAACCAAAUGGACAUUGGGACCACGCUGCUGGAGUACGGCGCAGACACGAACGCAGUGACGAGGCAAGGCAUCGGUCCCAUUCACCUGGCAGCCCAGGAGGGCAGCGUGGACCUGGUGUCACUGCUGCUGGCCAAAAACGCCAGCGUCAACAUGUGCAAUAAGAGCGGGCUUACACCACUUCAUUUAGCAGCUCAGGAGGACAAGGUUAAUGUUGCAGAAGUCCUUCUCAACCACGGGGCUGAUGUCAACCCACCGACAAAGAUGGGUUACACUCCGCUGCAUGUGGCUUGUCACUAUGGCAACGCGAAGAUGGCAAACUUCCUGCUGCAGAACCAGGCUAGAGUCAAUGGCAAAACUAAAAAUGGAUACAGUCCUCUACACCAGGCAGCUCAGCAGGGCCACACCCACAUCAUCAACCUGCUGCUUCAGCACGGGGCCUCGGCCAACGACCUCACCGUGAAUGGGAACACUGCCCUGUCCGUCGCCAACCGACUCGGGUACAUCUCUGUGGUGGACACUCUGAGGCCCAUGACGGACGAAAACCUGGUGGCAAUGAAUGCAUCAGAAAAACAUAAAAUCAAUGUCCCAGAGACCAUGAACGAGUUCCUCGACAUGUCAGACGAUGAAGGUGAGGAUGCGAUGACCGGCGACACGGACAAAUACCUGCGGCCUCAGGACCUCAAAGAGCUGGGGGACGACUCGCUCCCUCAGGAAGGGUACAUGGGGUUCAGCAUAGGAGCCCGAUCAGCCAGCCUCCACUCCUUCAGCUCGGAUAGGUCCAACACACUCAACCGCAGCUCGUUUGCACGGGACAGCAUGAUGAUUGAAGAGAUCCUGGCGCCCACAAAGGACACGCUUCAGAGUGUCUGUAAAGACAUAUCCUACUUGGUUGACCCGCUCAAUAAGCACCUGGCUGUGACCAGAGACUACAGUUCAGAGUGUAUGCGUCGCUACAGCUGGACUCCGGACACCAUGGACCACAGCCACAACACCGUGUCCAGCCCCAUUCACUCUGGCCUCUCCUCCCCGCUCCCUCAGUAUGACUCCAGGUUCUUGGUCAGCUUCAUGGUGGACGCCCGAGGUGGCUCCAUGAGAGGCAGCCGCCACAAUGGCAUGCGCAUCAUCAUCCCUCCCAGGAAGUGCACGGCGCCCACACGCAUCACCUGUCGCCUGGCCAAAAGGCACAAGCUGGCCUACCCCCCUCCCAUGGUGGAGGGAGAGGGGCUGGUCAGCCGGCUGGUGGAGGUUGGACCAGCCGGGGCUCAGUUCCUCGGUCCGGUGAUCGUGGAAAUCCCUCAUUUCGGUUCCAUGCGGGGGAAAGAGAGGGAGCUGAUUGUGUUGAGGAGUGACAACGGUGAUACGUGGAAGGAGCACCAGUCUGACGCCAGACUAGAAGACCUCGCUGACCUGCUGACUGGGAUGGAUGAAGAGCUGGACAGCCCCGCUGAGUUGGAGAAGAAGCGCAUUUGCCGCAUUGUCACCAGAGAUUUUCCUCAGUAUUUUGCUGUGGUGUCACGGAUAAAGCAAGAGUCGAACCACAUGGGUCCUGACGGAGGCAUGCUGUCCAGCAGCACUGUGCCCAUGGUGCAGGCGUCGUUCCCACAGGGGGCGCUUACCAAGAGGAUCCGCGUUGGCCUGCAGGCCCAGCCUGUUCCAGAUGACAUGGUGAGGGCGGUGCUUGGCAACAGAGCCACCUUCAGCCCCAUCGUCACCGUAGAGCCCAGGAGGAGGAAGUUCCACAAGCCCAUCACAAUGACCAUCCCUGUCCCACCUCGGUCGGCAGAGGGCCAUCCCAGUGGCCACAGAGGCGACGCUGUCCCCUGCCUACGUCUGCUGUGCAGCAUCACAGGAGGGACAUCCCCUGCCCAGUGGGAGGACAUCACAGGGACCACGCCACUGUCCUUCGUAACCGACUGCGUCUCCUUCACCACAAAUGUAUCGGCCAGGUUCUGGCUCGCAGACUGUCACCAGAUUCCUGAGACGGUGGGUCUAGCGUCUCAGUUAUACCGGGAGCUGAUCUGCGUGCCGUACCUGGCCAAGUUUGUGGUGUUCGCCAAGAUGAACGACGUCAUUGAGGCUCGGCUGCGCUGCUUCUGCAUGACAGACGAUAAAGUGGACAAGACCCUGGAGCAGCAGGAGAACUUUGAGGAAGUGGCCCGCAGCAAGGACAUUGAGGUUCUCGAGGGCAAACCUAUCCAUGUGGAUUGCUAUGGCAACCUGUCCCCUCUCACCAAAAGUGGCCAGCAGUUGGUUUUUAACUUCUACUCCUUCAAGGAAAACAGACUUCCUUUCAACGUGAAGAUCAGAGAUAUGGGCCAGGAGCCAUGUGGCCGCCUCUCCUUCCUGAGAGAGCCAAAAACCUCCAAAGGCCUUCCACAGACUGCCAUAUGCAAUUUGAAUAUCCUACUGCCAACUCACAAGAAGGACAUGGAGUCUGAUCCUGAUGAUGAGACUGAAAAGCCAGAGCGACGUCAUACCUUUGCCUCCUUAGCUUUGCGUAAGCGAUACAGCUAUUUGACCGACCCAGCAGCGAAAACAACUGAUCGAAGCUCGCAGAGAACACAGCCUUCUAGCCACCCUCACAAACCUGUCUUUUCAACGAGAUCUUAUCAGACGUGGUCGCCUGUUCCUGUCGCCAUCCCUGGCCAAGCCAAGUCUGGGUUUGGCUCCCUCUCCAGUUCGUCAUCCAACACGCCCUCUGCCUCUCCAUUAAAGUCUGUCUGGUCCAUCAACUCUGCCUCCCCCAUCAAGACCAACAUCCCUGGAUCACCUGCCUCUUCUGUUAAGUCACUUAGUGACAUGGCCUCUCCCAUUCGAUCUUACCGAACCAUCUCCUCUCCUAUAAAAACAGUUGUCCAUCAAGCCCAAUACUCGAACCAGGUCACACCCAGUCCCCUGUCCUCACCAGGGAAAAGUGCUCCAGACAAUAUAUCUAUGAAAGGACUGGCAGCAUUAUCUGCAAGGACCUCCCCAAUAACUGUAGGAGGAAGCAAUUUUCUUGAGAGAUCAUCCAUUGGCAUGACCCCACCAACCUCUCCCAAAUCUUCUCUGAGUAUGUUUACUUCACCCCUACAAUACAAGACUGGUAUGGGAGGCUCUAGUGGCACUGCAUCUUCCUCCUCACCAAUAAAAACAGUCCCUGGUCUGUCAUCUGUGCGUUCCUUUGCCUCAGAUGUCACUGGCCCUGCAAGAAACCUGUUCUCAUCUCUUUCUUCACCACUUAAAUCCAACAAUGCUCCAAGUGCUGCAUCUCUGAUCAAUGGAACUGUUUCUCCUACACAGUAUCGCUCUUCAUCCCCAACAUCUCUUCUCCCCAACAGUCUGCAAGAGAGAAUACAAGCAACCACCAAUGCUGCAACAACAAAUGUCAAUGCAGCCUUUGAUGAGGUUGAAAAAACAUUGAAUUCUUGUUCUGCAGGCUAUGGCACCUUGAAGUCUUUGUCCUCUUCUGCAUCCUCCUCAUAUCAGUCCAUGAGAUCGUCAGCUUCUAGUUCCCUUUAUGCCUCUCUAAGAUCCCCUCCCAAUGCCACCACCGCUGUUACGUCCAGUACAAUGACUGUUCCAGUGUACUCUGUUAUUAAUGUACUGCCAGAGCCCCAGUUUAAAAAGUUGCCUGAGGUGUCAAAAUCAGCAGCUGCCCUACUGUCCCCACGGAAGACAGUGCCCACUGAGGUGAAUACUCAGAUGCAAUCUUCCUUUGCCAGAACUCUUUCUCCCAUCAAAGCCUCUCUUUUUUCUGCUGGCCUGAAAUCAAACACCGCAUCACCACUGUCAUCCAGCCAAGAGAUUUUGAAGGAUGUAGCUGAAAUGAAAGAGGACUUGAUACGAAUGUCAGCCAUUUUACAGACAGAUCCAAAUUCCACAGCCAAUAAAGGAUUUCAAUCUGAUUCUCCCAAGGAGGUUAAGAUGGAGGAUGAGGAGCCAUAUAGGAUUGUGGAGAAAGUAAAACAAGAUUUGGUAAAAGUGAGCGAAAUCCUUACAAAAGAUGCUGUGAAGGAUGGCAGGGUAUCCCUGGCAAGGGGUUCUUUGGAUGACAUACACUUUUCUAAAGUGCAAGUUGAACAACCACCAAGCAACUGGAGCUAUCCACCAAGAUAUGAGACUGUGGUUCCUCAAGCCAAAUCAAAAACAAUACCAGAUAGAGAUUUCAAUCUCUCCAAAGUGGUUGACUACCUGGCCAAUGAUGUUGGCAGCAGCUCUUUCUCCAAAAUGACUGACACAAAGCAUAAAGCAGAUGAAGGCAAGAGGGAAGGUGAGGGCAAGGAGAAGCAAAAACGUGUCCUAAAACCCACCAUAGCAGUUCAGGAGCAUAAGCUCAAAAUGCCUCCAACAAACAUGCGCUCUUCAGCUUCAGACAAAGAGAUCAGUAAAGUUGCAGAUGCACUUUUUGGAGCAGACACUGUACUAGAAUCUCCUGAUGAUAUCUCACAUGAACAGGAUAAAAGCCCCCUCUCAGACAGUGGCUUUGAGACCAGGAGUGAAAGGACACCCUCUGCCCCUCAAAGUGCAGAAGGAAUGGGUCCCAAGGUCCUUUUUCAGGAUAUUCCAGUUCCACCAGUGAUCACUGAGACUAGGACUGAGGUUGUCCAUGUCAUCAGGAGCUAUGAGUCCCCAGAUGAUAACAAACAACCUCAAAUGGAGGAAGCGCAUCCUGUCAGAUAUAUUGAUUCAGAUUCUAAAGGGAAUCUAGUUAUGCCAACUUCAGAACAGAAUAAAUGCUAUUCAAUUAAAGUCAGCCCUGAUGAUGAUCCAAUGGGAAAAGGGAUGAGGGUAAAGGAGGAGACUCACAUCACUACCACCACCAGGAUGGUGUACCACAAACCACCUGGCAAAGAAGCACCAUCUGAGAGGUGUGAGGAAACUAUGUCUGUGCAUGACAUAAUGAAGGCUUUUCAGUCAGGCAAGGACCCUUCCAGAGAACUGGCUGGACUGUUUGAACACAAGUCUGGCAGUGAGGAGACAUCACAAAGAGUCCUCGAGGACAUCAACUCCAAACCUAAGGUUGAAAGAAUAAUUGAAGUUCACAUUGAAAAAGGCAAUAAAACAGAACCAACAGAGGUCAUCAUCAGAGAGACAAAAAACCAUGCAGAGAAGGAAAUGUAUUACUACCCAGGGAACAGACAGGAAGAGGAGGAGCCUGAGGAAUCACUUCCAGUGUACCUUGACUCCCCUAGAGUAAACACACCCAUGUCACAAGAGGAGGACAGUCGCCCUAGUUCAGCCCAGCUCAUGGCAGAUGACUCUUACAAAACACUCAAGCUACUUAGCCAGCAAUCUGUAGAGUACAAUGAGGAUGAAUCAUCAGAGCUUAGGGGAGAAUCUUAUAAUUUUGCAGAAAAAAUGUUACUGUCUGAGAAAUUUGACCAGUCUCAUUCUGAUACAGAGGAAUAUCUGAGAGAUAGGUCUCAUUUCCACUCACCAGACAGAGGCUCUCACAGUGAGGGUAGAUCGGUUGGGCCAAGGACAGAGUAUGUCUUCAGGUCACCGAGGAAUGUGUUUGACAAGUCUGGAAGAAUGGCCAGUGUUGAUGAUAACUUUGACAAACUGACACUUUUGCAGUAUUCUUCCGAGCCUGGUAGCCCAAAGCAAACUGUUUGGAUGCGUGUGUCAGAUGACACACAGAGUAAUGAGAGAGAACAACUUAUGUAUGAGGACAGGGUGGACAGGACUGUAAAAGAGGCACAGGAAAAACUCAGUGAGGUAUCACAGUUUUUUCGUGACAGAACAGAACAGCUCAAUGAUGAGCUCUCUUCUCCAGAGAAGAAAUCUCGCAGACCAGACUUCAGAGAAUCACGAUCAGGUCCAAGCUCUACACACAGCAGUCCAGAGAGGUCAGCUUACAGGAAUGGGGGUAGUGGGGAAGAAUGGAGCAGAGAAAGGCUUCGAGACAGGUUCAGCUCCAGUGAAAGGAAAUGUGCCAGCUUACCCAGCAGUCCAGAGAGGAGAGUACGGCUGCAGUACAGUGAUCGAGAUCCAAGAAAACAAGGCGAUGGUAUCGGUGAAAGCUCUCAACCUUUUCCGAUGUCUUCCUCCAAAGUGAGUGCAGUGAGGCUCAAGUUUGAGCAAGAGGCUCAAAGGCAAGAUAGAAGUCCUCAAGGUGUCCAAAAUUCAAAUCCCCCUAUUAGGAAACUCCAGGAGAGCAAGCUACCUGUGUAUCAAGUGUUUGCUGGUUCAAAUAUUCCAAAAACACCAGACAGUCCCGGAAACCAGAGGAGAUGUUUAGAUAGUGAAUCAAAUAAGUUCUCCUCCAAGCAAGAGUCCAGAGACAAAGGUAAUGAGGAGACAAAGUUAUUCAAAACUUGGGAGAGCCAAGGGUACGGAAGCUACAAACCCCAAUCUCCCAAACUAUCUCAUUCUUUAAUCCAUGAUUCCAUAAAAGAUGGAAAUAUUGGUGAUUCCCAAAGACAAGAAACAACCAACAAAAUGAUCUACACAGAAUUUGUUGUUCGAGAAAGUCCGAACACCAAUGAUAGUCUAAAAAAAAACUCGGAAUCACAAAUUCCUGUUAAAAAGCCAUCCAAUUUCUCCGAAAAUCACAAAUCCACCACUUUAAAAUUAGAUGCCUCUGUUGAACCAUAUGAGAGAGCGGGGUCUCAUAUACCGACUUUAACUAGAAAUCGGUCUCACAGUUGCUCUGAAUCCAACAAGUCUUCUCAUAGAUCAUCAGUUGGAAAAUCCACAGACUCAUCCGAUGGUAGCAAGUCAAACAUAGUGUGUAACGGUGUUGAUGGUGACCAAAUAGAGUAUUUGGAUCAGGUAACACCUGUAGUUGUCACAGAGGGUUUCAAAGAUAUUAAACCCUUACCUGUGUAUGUUAGCAUCCAAGUAGGAAAGCAGUAUGAGAAAGAAACAGCCUCUGGGCAACUGGGAACAUACAAAAAGAUAGUAAGCCAUGAGAGUAGGACAGUGCAUGAGACUAGGGGUGCAUUUUACACUGUCAAACAAAAGCAGUCUCCAUCUCCUCAAGGAAGUCCAGAAGAUGACACUCUAGAACAAGUGACUUUCGUGGAUAACUCUGGGAGAAGUCCUGUCACCCCUGAGACCCCCAGCUCAGAGGAUGUUAGCCUGACCUCAAGAAUGCCAGACUCAGUGAUAGGCAUCAUGCCUGGCAUGCCAAGCCCUAUCCCAGAGGAGUCUGAGGAGGACGAAGGAAAGAUCUUCAUCUACAAGGAGCCCUCGAAGGAAAAAUGUAAGCCAUCAUACCCAGAAAAUCACAGUAAAAAACAGGAUAUACAGAGACACAAAUCAAAGGAGAAAAGAGUGGCUUAUAUAGAGUUUCCACCUCCUCCUCCUUUAGAAACAGAGCAGUCUGACCCUGAGAAAAGGGGGUCAUGUGCUUCUUCUGAGGCAGAGACAGAGAUGAUGGAGGUGAAUCUCCAAGAGGAGCAUGAUAGGCACCUCCUAGCGGAGCCAAUCAUCAGGGUGCAGCCUCCAUCCCCCAUACCCCCAGGAGCUGAUAACAGUGACUCUAGUGAUGAUGAAUCUGUCUUCCAUCCAAUCCCUGUCAAAAAGUACACCUUCAAAAUGAAAGAGGAGGGAGAGAAACGCCCAAAACAGAAACAAGCUGAGAAAAACGGGAAUAACAAGGAUUCUGGGAUCAAUGGUGCCAUAAAGGGAGAGGAUGUUGACUUUGAACAGAAUGGUAAUGACCAGUCAAUCACUGACUGCUCUAUAGCGACCACUGCUGAGUUCUCUCAUGACACAGAUGCAACUGAAAUAGACUCUUUAGAUGGGUAUGACCUCCAGGAUGAGGAUGAUGGACUAAGCGAAGACCCUAAAACAUCAAGUCUGUCUAAUGAUCUAAAAACAACCGACCGGUCGUUUAGUCAGUCCAAGCUUGAAGUGAUAGAGGAAGAGAAAUGUGAAGAAGGAGGGGAUGAUGGCAAGACUAAAACCAGUACAUCUUCAGCAAAAAGCGGUGAAGAAGAAAAAGAUUAUACCCUUGAAGGAAGACAUCCAGAAAGGCAGGGCUUUGGAGAAAACUACUUUGCCUGCCAACUUGAAGAGGAGCUGAAUUCAACCUUUAAGACUGUUGCUACCAAAGGCCUGGACUUUGACCCCUGGUCCACCAAGGGGGGUGAUAAUGAAGGACUUUUUGAGUCCAAAACAAAAGAAGAGGACCCCAAGCCCUUUGGUUUAUCAGUGGACGACAAAUCACAGGCUACAACACCCGACACAACCCCCGCACGAACUCCGACUGAUGAGAGCACACCGACUAGUGAGCCUAACCCCUUCCCUUUCCACGAAGGAAAGAUGUUUGAGAUGACCCGCAGUGGUGCUAUUGACAUGAGCAAGCGGGACUUUGUUGAAGAGAGGCUUCAGUUUUUCCAGAUUGGUGAGCAUUCCUCUGACCCUACAACAGGGGAAAAGGGGAAAGGGGGCAAGAUCCUGGGGGUAAUUUCCUCUCAGUCAAAAACAGGGGAGAGGGCCACAGUAGAUCCAAAGGUGAAGGUUAUAGAUACUACCACAGACAGCAGCACUACACCAACAACACCAGCAGCAACAACAGCAAAAUGCAGCCCUGCACAGCCUGGCAGUGACACUGGCCAUACCGGUACUGAUGCCCCCACCUGUGAAGCCAUAGCUGAGACCGCCUCCUCUUGCACAAUCACAGCCUCUAAGGUUGACCCCAAAUUACGCACUCCUAUUAAGAUGGGCAUAGCUGCCUCUAUAACUGUGAAAAAAGACUCAGGGAAUCUCACAGAUAGUAAAGCUGAGAUUCCAGAGGGACAGAUAGUGCCAGAAUACAUCAGUAUAGAGGGACAGACUACAGAGAGUCGGUCUAGCAGACACACUGACCCCAAGUUAGAAAGAAGAGAUUAUCCUUCAGAAAACUGCAACAACAACAAUAACCUUGAGUCCUCUAGUGUCCAGGCCAACUAUAUUCAAUGUGGUAGUGUGGUGUUUAAUUUGCAGUCCUCCUCUGAGCCCACUCUUCAGAAAGCUAGCAGGAUAGAAACACUGUUCUGUCGGGAUUUAGAAGAGAGAGUGGAUGUACACAACAGCAAUCAAGUGCAAGACCAGAAAAGUGAAACAGUCAAAGAAAGUGAGGCGAAGCAGCCCAAGUCAAGGCUUCCAGUAAAAGCAUCAGGGUGGUCAUUUCACACGCAGGGAACAGCCAUAGGCAAACAGAAGCCCAAACAAGCAUUGACAGUUGAAGUCAGGAAAAGAGGAGAGCCAGCCAUAGCCAAAGUAGAGCCCAGGUCUAGAAUACCAAUCAAGGAUGUUAAAAAGAGCAGCCCUGCUGCUGCAGCUAGUGCACUUGUUUCAGUUCGGGUUACCUCACAGCCAACGAGGGCACUGGACUCAGAAAGAGCAGCUAUACGUUUGCCCUCAAGGCUACCACUGAAGGACAGGAUUCAGGUCAGCAACGUCACAAGUGAGGGAUUAUGUAGACAGGAAAAUCCGGAUGAAAUUUGUAAGCGCACCAUUGAAUAUUUUAAAGACAUUAGCGGGGAGACGCUAAAGUUGGUGGACCGCCUGUCAGACGAGGAGAAAAAGACGCAGACAGAGCAGUCGGAGGAAGACAGCACCUCCCGGAGCACCUCUCUGUCGGACGCCUCCCAGCCUUCCCAGCCCUCCCAGCCCUCCCAGCCCUCCCGCUCAUCCAGGUCUGGUAGAGGUUCGAGGGCUGAGGCCGGGGCCGCGUCCGUAAGGGCAAAGGUGGCGACGACGGACAGGGCCUCCGGCAGUGAGAGGAGCAGGAGGAGUAGGCGGACUGGUGGGAAGGAGGGCAGUCAGGGACUCACAGGGUCUCGAACGCCUCCCAUCGCAGAGAUCAAGCCUAGUCCCCAGAGUCCUUGUGAGCGAACAGACUUGCGCAUGGCUAUUGUUGCAGAUCACCUGGGACUCAGUUGGACAGAGUUGGCUCGGGAGAUGAACUUCACAGUGGAUGAGAUCAACCACAUCAGACUAGAUAACCCCAACUCUCUGACAGCACAGAGCUUCAUGCUACUUAAGAAAUGGGUCAGUCGGGAAGAGAAAAACGCCACAACGGAUGCCUUAACUACAGUGCUGACCAAAGUCAAUCGGAUGGAUAUUGUGACUUUACUGGAGGGCCCAAUAUUCGACUAUGGUAACAUUUCAGGCACGAGAUGUUUUGCCGAUGAUAACGCUGUUUUCCGGGAUCAGGCUGAUGAUUAUCAGAGCAUUCUAGCAGAGCUGCAGUCUCCCGCCGCACUGCACUCUGACCCCAACUUCCUGGAGCCCGAACUCCCCAUCACCCCCAACCCUUCCCUUGCUCAUCACCAGCCAGAAACAGACUCCCCUUUGCUGGCUUGCUCCCAGCCUCAGCCCUUGCCAUGGAGCCCUGAGAUAGAGCCUGGUAGCAGAGAGCCAUUCAGCCCUCCUAGGAGCCCCCCCAGACCUUGUGAGCUCACCCUAUCUUUCCCAGCCUUUGAACUCCCUGAUCCUUCUUCCAAGGUCAGAAAGCCCCACAUCGCUCUGAACGACCAGCUGCUUUUGAGCGAGGAGGAGGACAGGCCUUGUCAUGAAAUGGAGCUGAGCCACAAGCCCAAGUCACCCACCUUCCCCAAGAUGUGUGAGUUAGACAUUGACAUGGUUUACUCCACAUCUUCCCCUUCACUAUCCUCAGUAUCAUCAAUAACCCUUUCAUCACCUGACAGAGCACACAUAGGAGACACAGGAGUGCAGAUGGGAGCCUCGUAUGGGGCACAGGAGGAGGUAGGUUUGAAAGGAUGUGAAAGGGAAGUGACAGAAGAAACAAAGAAGGUUGUUGAGACAGUUACAGCAGAGGCCGCAGAGAGCAGAGCAUUAGUGGGAAAGUGGAUAGAGCAGGACUUGAUUAAAAAUGUGGAGAGAAAAUGUGAGAUGAUAACAAAAGAUAGGACUACGAUGGCAGAGGAAACUAAAAAUUUGGUAGAACAGAAUGAGGAAUCUGCGCAGGAAGAGCAUCAUGUCUAUGUACAAGAUGGGAAUAAGGAGACAGUCUGUGUGAUGGAAGAGGUAAGAGAUGUUCAGGAUCAGUCAGAAGAACAGCACAAUCUAGAAAUGUGUACCACAGUAGAAGCAGUGACUGUCAAAGAGGAUAUUGAUGAAACACCAGAGGUACAACAAAAGGUGGAUGGGGGCAGUGAUGUUACAGUCUUCGAGAGUAACAGAGUGGAUAACACAGAUGGAGAACUGCAGUUUAAAGAGGGAGGAGGCUUGUGUGGCAGUGAAGGAGAUAUUUGCGGGACAUCAGAAGGGGACCAGGCGGCAGAGGACCGGGCUGUAGCUCGCCUCUCCACUCAAGCCUGGGUUGAUGCACUUGGAGAACUUCAAUCUAGUGAGUCUGGAUCCAAUGAAGAAGAGGAGGAGGAACAAGGAGACAAACAAAUUAGAGGAGAGGCUUUAGGAACUCUGAUGGAGGAGGUGAAGAAUGAAGAAGCCUCAGAGGAAAAGGAGGAGGACGAAGAGAUGAUCCAGGACAGGCUUCAGGAGAUUAUUGGUCCGGUUGAACAGGCAGAAAAAAACAUGUGUUCACUUUCAGGUUGGCACAGUGAUUCAUCCAGCGUCAAUGUGGAACCACCGACGCCAGGCCGCAGUGUCAGCUCAGACCUGCUAGACAGACGGGAAAGUCAAGAGAUCUCGAGUGAGUCCAUCACCUCCUCGUCUAGGGCUGAAUCGGGGAGAUCCCGACACAAUGGCAACAGCUCAAAGCAGUCACCUCAGGACGGCUCCUCUGAGUCAUCGAAUGGCAGAAAGGAAGAGGGCGCGCUGGUGUCAGAGAAAAAAGUCAAGCAGCGGGUUAGUGUAGAUUCUGGUUCAGAUGAAGAACAGACUGUAACCACCAGAAUCUUCAGACGCCGUCUCAUUUUAAAGGGAGAAGAAGCAAAGAAUAUCCCAGGCGAGUCUGUUACAGAGGAACACUAUAUGGACCGAGAUGGUAACCUCGUCAGUAGAAAAGUAAUCAGGAAGGUUAUUCGGAGGGUUUCUACUCCCACACCAGACAACCAAGGAGGUGACAAGUGGCUCCGAGACCUUCAGCGCAGUCCCAGUCUGCCGGAAGACGGGUCUGAGCCAGGAGAAGGAUCAAGGAACAGCAGGCGGAAGGAUGACAGAAGGUCGGGGGAUAAGAAGCUCCACUCAUAGGGACUGUUGAGCUCUAUCAGGUGUACAGGGACCGAGUCGGACGGCUGAAGAGCUGCUGUGUGAGGACUUCAGGCAGGGGCCCAGUCUGCAGACAUCUUCUUCAGACAAAUGGUUUUCACGUGAGGAGCCGACGCCUGACUUACGCAUGAGCAUGAACAACUCACUCCCUGUCAAUCGAAAGACCCAGGAGGUUCUCGCCUUCUGACUGCGGUGGACCCAUGGACAAUGAUUCUUCCUGUUUUGUGUGAGACAAAUACAUGCCAUCGGUCCACUGGUGACGUGAGAGCUCUGUGUGGAGCAUCGUUUGUUGUGAGAACGAAAGACUCCAGUUCUGAACACCACGGGUGCAACUGUGACCAAAGAUGGCACACGAGCCCAAUCCACACGGUGGGUGGAAAGAACCAAGUAGACACAAUAACACACACAAAAUAUCUAAUUGAACACUUCGGAUUCAAACUUCAACCCUCGCCUUAUGGUUUUUUCUUGAACCCAUUGUUGUCAGGAUGUAAAUUGUUUUGGGAUUUUUUUUCUUCCUUUUUAAAACUUUAACUAACACAAAAGCUUUUUUUCUGUAAAUAAAAUGACAAUGUGUAAAAUUCUUUUAAAAAAGGGUAUGUUUCUGGUUGAAACAUACCCUUUUGAAACAGUUCCACUUUUAAAGAUUUGAGUGUAACUUCACAGGUUCUUGUAUAAUUAAUUAUUAGAGCAGUUAUAAUGUUUGUACAUGAAAAAAGCUGGUUUGAUUUUAAUAGAGGAAAUUUCCAGAAAAUCGAAUUUCAAUAAUUCCCAAAGUGGGAGGUGAUCUAGUCCUGCAAAGAAGCAGCCUUUCAGAGUACUCCUAUUUUCAUGCAUGCUGUUCACAUUAUUUUAAGUACAAUUUUUACAAGUUUGCAAACACAAUAUUCAAAUGACAAAUAAAACCCUUUAUCUGUGCACACAUAUAGCCCAAACAUCUGUCACCACUUUUAUAUUUUAAAUGAAAAAAGGAUACCAUUAAAGCAUUCAUCAUGUUGGGGUGAAGAUGGGGAAAAAGGAUCUAUAGCUUCUUGAGGGUGUGAUGUCUUGUCUAUGUAAAACCGGAGGGCAGCUUCUGCUACAAGAACGAAAUAAUCUGAAUGUAAAUGCUAGAAGGCUGGCUCGCUGUAAAAUUAUAACUGUAUUGUGCGUAUUGGCUAUGAGGUGUAGGAGUCUCUGUACACUGUUAGACUGUUUGUAAUCAUUUUAGCAGUGUGUCAAUUUGGUUGCGGCUGCUGUGGUCUUAGAAGAAAACUGGGGCAUUUCAUUUGGGGUUUUUUUUUUGGUGAAGUAUUUCCUUAAUUUAAAACCUACUCACGUUAAGGACACAUUAAGACAUCAUUUGAUUGUAGCUCUAAAUAGCAUAUUGUAUGACAAAAACACUGGACGGUCAAAAACAAUUAUUUAAGCAUUAAAUAAAUUGUGUUAAACUCUGAAACUGUGUGAUCUUUUUAGGCUUGAGAGUCUGUGUAUGCAGUGUCCAAUAGAAUUGUUUUCACUAGCUCAUUGGCAAACAUUUUUACUUUACAUUAGGAAUUCUCUUUGUACUGAUUUUCAUUAGAUGCCCAUGUAGUUAAAGUGUGGUGUUCUACUGGUGCGAUGGCUCAGUAUGCUGACGUCUAUGCUGUGGACAUGAAAACUAUGUAACUUUAUUUUUUUGGGGUAGGGGAGAUGAAAGGAAAUCAGGUAGGGUGCUGUACCACAUCCCCUUAUACUACUAUGUCAAUCAAGGGGUAUAGGAUCCUUUGAUAUGGUGGAACUAUCAAUUUUGUCAAUUUUGUCGGAUAUGUGUUUUCACCUGAGCAGAUUUUUUGAUGUACAAUUCUUACUAACAGCGUGAAGCCAUUGAAAUGUAACUAUUCUAGCACUUUGGUUAUUCAAGGUCUUUUAGAGGCUAUAGCAACAAUGAUGCCAUCACAAAUGUUUCAGACGUCUUUAAAAAAAAAAAUCAACCUAAAAAUAAAAAAAAUAAAAUGCAUUGAUUUCGCAGAA